CUUUCUCUGCCGUUUCUCCUCAUUGCUGGCUGAUCACAGCAGCCAGCUCAGAGCCAAAGAGCCCCUCUUUCCCCUGUCACACCGAUCCAGCUUUAAGCCUGAACUUUCCCCUCGAAAUACUGAGACAUCACUCCAAAGGACGUAAUUACCCAAGUCUAAAGGCGGCUUGUGAUCCUUUAACCAACCUGAGAAGGUUUAGUCACGGAGGUCCAACAGGAUACAGGACCUUCAAAGUUCCAUCAUUACAAGCGAGUGGAGCUCCGCUUUCCUCACGGCAGAGCCUUAAAGAGACGCUAUGACCCAAAGCAACGGGGAAAACGCUCAGAGGACCCGGGGUGGUCUGCAUCAGAUCCGAGCUGGCAUCCAGUCCCGGUCCCUGCAGGCCAAAAAGACGGUGGAGAACAUCAAGCAGGAUGACGUGAAGAGCUUCUGCGUUAAAAACGCUUUUGUCAUUCUAACGGUUACAGCUGUCAUUACAGGUAUAAUUUUGGGGUUUGCCCUGCGGCCGUAUAAAAUGUCUUACCGCGAGGUGAAGUACUUCUCGUUCCCUGGAGAGCUGCUGAUGAGAAUGCUCCAGAUGCUGGUGCUGCCGCUGCUGGUUUCCAGUCUUAUCACAGGUAUUGCUGCUUUGGACAGCCGUGCCUCUGGUAAAAUGGGGAUGAGGGCAGUGAUCUACUACACCACAACAACUGUCAUCGCUGUGUUCAUCGGUAUUGUCAUGGUGCUCAUUAUUCACCCUGGAAAAGGAUCAAAGGAUGAGUUCACCAAGCAGCAGCAGAUAGAGCAGGUCAGCCCUGCUGAUGCCUUCCUGGAUCUUAUCAGAAACAUGUUUCCUCCAAAUCUUGUGGAAGCUUGCACCAAACAGUUCAAGACACAGUAUGCCAAGAGAGUAAUCCAUGUGACAGUUACGGUGAAUGACACAUUGAUCAUGCAGAAUGGUAGCCAGCAACUAGCCCAGGAGGAGAUGAUCCCAGUGCCGGGAUCAGUCAAUGGAAUCAACGCACUGGGUCUGGUGGUGUUCUCCAUCUGCUUCGGCCUGAUCAUCGGUAACAUGAGGGAACAGGGACAACCCUUAAAAGACUUCUUCGACUGCCUCAACGAGGCCAUCAUGAGGCUGGUGGCCAUAAUAAUGUGGUAUGCUCCUAUCGGUAUCUUGUUCCUGAUUGCUGGUAAGAUUGUGGAAAUGGAUGACAUCACAUCUAUGGGUGGCCAACUGGGAAUGUACACAGUGACGGUCAUUUGUGGCCUCCUCAUCCACGCCAUCGUUGUCCUGCCAACACUCUACUUUGUGAUCACCAGAAAGAACCCGUUUGUGUUCAUCGGCGGGCUGCUGCAGGCCCUCGUAACUGCUCUUGGAACCUCUUCUAGUUCUGCCACAUUGCCCAUCACCUUUAAAUGUCUGGAGGAAAACAAUAUGGUGGACAAGCGCGUGACCCGUUUUGUGCUCCCUGUUGGUGCCACCAUAAACAUGGAUGGUACCGCUCUAUACGAAGCCCUGGCAGCCAUCUUUAUUGCCCAGGUCAAUGCUUAUGACCUUAACUUUGGACAGAUUCUCACCAUCAGUAUCACAGCCACAGCAGCCAGUAUUGGAGCAGCUGGAAUACCUCAGGCUGGUCUGGUUACCAUGGUGAUUGUGCUAACGUCUGUAGGGCUUCCGACCGAUGACAUCACACUGAUCAUUGCCGUUGACUGGUUCCUCGACCGACUGCGCACCACCACUAACGUCCUUGGUGACUCCAUCGGCGCUGGCAUAGUCGAGCAUCUGUCUCGCCAUGAGUUGAGAAAGAAGGACACGGAGAUGGGCAACUCAGUGGUGGAAGAGGCAGACAAGAAGCCAUACCAGCUGAUUUCCCAGGAGAACGAGUACGAGAACGAAAGUCCUGCUGACAGCGAGACCAAGAUGUAGGAGAAGGAUUUGUACCGUGUGGCUGGAUACAAUCUUGAGGGAAAUCCUUUUGCAAAUCUCAGUUCUGGAGGAUUUAAAGGAAAUGAAACCUACUGCUAGAACAUAUCUCAACUUAAUGAGAUCCACAACUCUGUGAGGGUUCCCGUUUCACACUGCAGACUGGGAAUACGUUAUGGUGGUAUUAGUUUGUGGUGCUCCCUGAUAUGCAUAAUUGCCACAGGGUUGCAGCUAUUUAACAUUAGCAAUGACUUACAGAGAGCCCAGUUAUUACAGAUCCAAACUCAGUAAUAAAUGUAAUGAUUGAUGCUAUCCACUAGAGGCCAGCGUUGCUGUGAAUCUCAGCACAAAGAUUUGUUUGCUCACCAAAACUUUUGAUGCAAAAAGGGGGCUGCUUCCAACCUCUGUGCAGAUAUUUGUGACUUUAAUUCCUACAGAUUGUUGAACAGAUGUGAUGAAUCAAGCUUUACUUUAUGCUUUUGCCUGAUAACUAUCCAAAACAAAAAAGACUUUUACUAGAUGAACCAAACUGAGAGGAUUUUUUUCACCUAUUCGUCAUUAUUGUGGUUAAAUGCCAGCCAUGUUGCUACAUGUACACUAACUUAGUGAGGAAUAUAACAAAUCAUACAUUUUAGUUAAUUAAAUCAAAUAUAAAAAGAUAUAUUUUAUGAAUAUACCCGAACCUAUAGUGAGCUGAAGAAUAUAGUAUGAAAAUAGCUACAGGUCAGCACCAAAGGUUUGGGCUUUUUAACAUGAGCAAGGUCACUUUAACCCAGUCGGUGAUUUGUUUUAAAACAGUUUCUUACAUUUGAUGGUAUUCUGGAAACUUUGAACUGUCCAAUAAAUAUUUUUCUUAAAAAAGUGGAAAAAAAUAAAUAAUAUAAUUGACAGGAUGAUUAAUUACUUUGGUUUUACAUUCAUAAUUAUUAUGAAUAAUCAUAUAUUUUGAAUAUAUGAGAGCAGAAUUCAGCCUGAGGAAAACAUUUGUUAAAAUAACAGGCUAAAUAGCUACAUUUUAAUUUUGCUGAAUCCUUUUUCAGCCUUGAGCCCUCCCAAAUUAAUUGCCUGAAGAAAGUCAAAUUAUUUAUUUAAUUUUCAGUUUAUAUAUAUAUAUAUAUAUAUAUAAGCGAGAAAACCUAUAUGUAUAGAAGACUCAUCUAAAUGUGUGUGUGUGUGUGUGUGUGUGUGUGUGUGUGUGUGUGUGUGUGUGUGUGUGUGUGUGUGUGUGUGUGUGUGUGUGUUUAGAAAAAUAUAAACAUGUAUGUUAGCUAUAGCUUAGCUAUAGCCUUAUGGAAACAGUUACAACCUCAAACCUUAUGACCAAAAUAAAAGCCCAUCUAGUCUGUCUCACAAACGCAUAAAAUGUUUGAUUUAUAGAUUUACUUUAUAUGUUAUAGGUAAAUUGAGUAGUUUGUUUACAGUUGUUGGUACCUCACUUGAUGUGGCUGUUUCUCUCAUGAAUUCAUGUGCACAUGCACAAACACCACUGAACUUUAGUAGUUUUGUCUUGCUUGUAUUUUUUUUAAUAAAAACAUGAAUUUA